CAUGUGCGUGCAAGCGACUCACGUAAAAAUUAAAGCGUGUAACAAUCUCUGUACCUCCCGACCUGAUUCGGGGAAUCAAAAUGGCGGCGGUGGAGACGAGGAGAGUGAAAAAUGGCGGCGAAAGUUCACACCGGAGGCAAGAAAGACCCGUCACUUUCGCUGAGUUUGGACUGGAUUUAAAACCUUAUUUCACUGAAUUUAAAGACGAUGACAGACCUUCAACCUUUGCAGAUUUUGGUGUUGACGUCGAGAGCGAAAGGCCUACAGUUGACACAUUAGUCGGAAAGUAUCGGAAGUUUUCAAAAUUGAAUCGUGAAGAAAAGAUAUUCCUGGUCGCUUGUCUGCUGACCAUUUUAGCCAUUCUUGGAUUGACCUCUGACAGAGUAGCCAUUGUAGAGAAGGCUUCGGAUGAUUUCACAUUCGCCAUCUUACUCCUUAUUAAUAUAUUGUUUUGUUUGUUCUACGUGGUUAACGGUGUUCUAGGCGAACAUGCCUACGAGUUGUUCGUCUUCGCUUUUAGCAUGUCAGUAAUCUUUGUCUACUGUAUCACAAACUUCUUAGAAACAUCAGACGAUUCUGUCGAAUUGGCUCGAUUGAUCAUCGUGUGUAUCUUCUUUCCAUUUCAAAUCGGUUUCAGUAUCUACAUGGGCAUCAAGUACAAACGAGCGAAGAAUUUAAUCUUCCGAACCGUGGGCGCCAAUUUAUACCUUCAAGACCUGUGCGGCAAUAUGUACCUAUUUGUUGAUUUGUUAAAAGUUGAUUUGCAGCUAGAGACCAGCAUGGUUAUUCUGGUCCUCGAUGACGGUAUCAACAUCAAUGGCUUUGAAAAGAUUGUUCUCAGCCUUGGUCUCCCCUUAGGUUUCAUGUGGAACAUACUUGGUUUCCUUGCAUUACGAUAUGAAAACAGAAUUCUGGUGGUUCUCUUCUUAGCGACUGGAUGGAUCUUGCCCGCAUUCAUCACAUACAAGUUCAUUGACUUGUCGAUGAGAUGGGAGCAGUGGCCGACGAAGGAAGAUAAACUACUCCCCACAUGUAUCAUAGUCUGUGGGAUCCUAGGUCUCAUCAUACGUGUGUUUCUCGUGGUCGUAUGCGUUCAUCUUACCAUGAACUUCGGUCAUGGACUUGGAGAAAAGGUUUAUGGAGCAAGAAAGCGAACCGACACGACGGAUAACCUCACCAAUCCACCCGUUCAAAGAAGAACGCGAACCCGGUUGCUUCCUAUCCGGCCUUUCAGCUGGCCCCAAUUCUCCCUCAGCAGCCGACAGCAGCAGCAACAUUUCCCGCUAGACAGGCUGGCCGAGAGGUCCCUAAGUGGGGUCGGCUGAUUGUCAUCAUAUCACAUUCUUAGUUGCCUUCAUAGUUCAUUUGUAAAACCGGUUAUCCGUUGAUUAUCAAUUUUAGACGAAUAGAUAACAAGUAUCAGUAUAUUUGAGGGAUAGAAAUAAUAUCAAGUACAUUUAUCCCGUUCGUCUUUCACUGCAGUGCUUUGCAAUUUAUUUAUUUUUAUCAAUCAAACAACAGAUUGUUUCACUCGUGUUUUUCAUCACAUAGCCUUUUUCAUUAAGGAUUUUUGACAGGGGACCUGCUUUUGGAAAUUUGCAUUUUAACAGAUAGAUCUACUAUACGCGUUAUUCGCAGAAACCGAAUACUUUCAGGGUAAAUAAUCUAGUGAUCACUGCUGUGUAUAUACUUGCCUAAUAUCUAAAUUUUUGUCUUGCUGCAUAGCAGAGCGAGAAUACAGGCGCCGCAUUUUACGACAACGGCGGCGGCGGCGUCAACAUUUGCCACCUUUCGCAAUCCUCACGGACGCUAAUAUGAGGGUCCCCUAACACAAAAGUUAACGCUUAAUCAUACACUUGAUUUUUAAGAUUGAUAGUACAUUAUAGUCAAUAUAAUCAAACGUAGAAAACUGCUCUACAAUCAAUGAUAAGCUUUGUGUCACAGGGGGGUUAACAGGCCCUACAGAUCUGCUUUUCGUGCGCAAAAUUCUUUCCCGCAACACCCGCACCGUACAUGCAUGUACAUUACGACUGAUGGCUGGAGAUAUUCGAAAUGCAGGAACUAAAAUAGAAUAUGACAUGGAUAAGAGAG